ACGACACAUGCCUCACCAUCGCCAGAUGGCCACUAUGUCGCUGGCCUAACUGCCGACCACCUCUAUGUUUACUAUACUGCGACCCUAACCAUCGCUUCUUCGUUCCCGCUUGACAACUUGAAUGCCCCAACGAUACGGUCGACCGAAACACCUGCACUUCAUUGGACACCGUGUUCGCUAUCCAUCAUUCUCCAGACCAGCAGCUAUGUCUCGCUCUACAGUCUGGCAAACACAGCUAGCAGGGUCAGAAUCGCCAACGGAAGCGCUAGCUUGGGUAGAAUCGCUAGUGCGGAUAUUUUUGGCGAGAAUGUCGUUGUAGUCUGGGAGUUUGGUAGGGUUGGUAUCUUUGAGGUUGCAAGAGGUCGGGUCACUGAGAUUGGCGAACUGAAGACUGGUCUUGGUAGCCUAAAGUCUGCAUGGGGGAUCCGAAGGCUCAAGGGCAAAGUUGAAGGUAUGUUUGGCUUUCUUGAUUUGGAAAGCAUGACUAAUGAAACACANGUUCUUGCCAUAUUGUGUCGUAGUUCGGCAAUGGAUACGUUGUCCUUCAUGCUGGCCACAUCAACUACCCCAUUCACGACAAUGAAUAUGCCUACUACCGAUGCUCAAUCACUAGCUUGGAGUCCUUCAGGUAAAUGGUUGAGCGUACUAGACACACCAUUGAGUGCACCAAACUCCGCCGUACAUCUCUACACUGCAGACGGCAACUUCUAUCGCAGUUAUCCCGCUGCAACCUCUGAGUCGGUCGAAGAGACUUACACAUUAGCAUCCUACUCGCCAGCCGUCGAGAUGAAAUUCGACGCAACCGGCAGAUUCCUCGCUUUGCGCCUAGAAGCGUUCCCAGAAACUGUGCUUGUUUGGAGAAUCCCUACUUCCAAGCCUAUAUUCGCUUCUUCCACCCAGGAUACCGAGCCAGAAGCAGAAACCAAUGAAGAUCGGAAUGACUCAAUGCUGGUGUUUCACCAUCAUACCAACAUCAAAAAACUGCAAUGGCAUCCUACAAUCUCUGGAUUGUUGCUCAGCCACACAGAAGACAACCAAAUCUACCUCUCCUCCACCACAGGCGAUGCAAACGCACCUUUGCACCUCUCUCAUCCUUUCCCUGCACCCAAAGCAUCUUCAUCUUCAUCGACUUCUUCUUCUUCUACUUCACCGAUGGAUCUACUAAAUGUGCAUUGGGUAACUUCCACUACUGUUCUCAUCACCACCAAGAAACGUGGUUGGGUCAUUGCGUACCCUUUCGGUGCCCCUUCUGCUCCUUCUUCGCCAGUGCACACGCAGUUCUCGGAUGCAAUGGGAGAAGCAGAAGGUCAAGAGAUGCAGGAAGAAGUCAGUGAGGAUUCUUUGUACGAUAUCCUUAGUGGAAGGACGCCGUUGCCUGCAUUGAGGAUCUCCGAUGACUAUUUGCCAGAGGAUUCAGAGGCGGAAGGGGAUGACGAGGGCAACAGAGAUGGACUAGACGAUACGUUCAGAGGCAAAGGAACUGCAGGAACAAUGGGGAGUUUCGAGUAU